CCCCAUCAAUCGAAAAUAUGCUUUCACACCCAUAAAUUUGUAGGAGCUUUCCAAUAUAUUACUGCAUUUUUGUUGAAGUUAAAAAGUAGUAGUACUACUGUAGUAGUUAGCAUGGUGCCCAUUUUACCUCCUAAAGAAAUCCUACAGAGUGAAGCUCUAAUGAAGUAUAUCUAUGAAACUAGUGUAUAUCCCAGAGAGCAUGAGCAACUCAAGAAUUUGCGAGAAGCUACAGAAAACAAAUAUGGAAACCUGAGCAUGAUGGCAGUACCAGCUGAUGAAGGUCAAUUCUUAUCAAUGCUUGUGAAGAUAAUGAACGCUAAAAGGACACUAGAGAUUGGUGUUUUUUCUGGUUAUUCUCUUCUUUCCACUGCCCUUGCCUUGCCUCAUGAUGGCCAGAUAACAGCAAUAGACAUUAAUCAAGAAGCUUAUGAAUUUGGAUUACCAUUCAUUCGCAAGGCAGGCGUCGAGCACAAAAUCAAAUUCAUUCAAUCUAAUGCUAUUUCAGCAUUAACCAAAAUGCAGAACGAGAAAGAAGAAUAUGACAUUGCAUUUGUAGAUGCUGACAAAGAAAAUUACAAAAAUUACCAUGAGCAAUUGUUGAAAUUAGUUAAGGUUGGAGGAAUAAUUGCUUAUGAUAACACCUUAUUGUUCGGACUUGUAGUUGAAGAAGAAAAUACAGUUCCAGAGCCUUUCAGGGACGCAAGAAACGCUAUACUAGAAGUGAACGACUACCUGUCUCAGGAUCAACGUGUAGAGAUCUCACAAGUUUCUAUUGGUGAUGGUGUUACUCUAUGCAGGCGUCUCUAUUGAGAAUGAUAGAUACUGGUGUUUUAUUACUAUCAUCCAUAAAAUAAAAUCAUUAGAGGGUUGCAUUUGGGUCGAA